UCGUCGUUCCCGCGAAGCUCGAACAGGCGAGUUCGCUCCUCGCCUGCCUCCUGAUGGCUCCUCUUCCAAUUCCAACGCAGCCGCGUCGCGCGCAUCGUCGUCGCGAGUGUCGUUCGUGCAGUUCGCCAAACGUUUACGGAGACGGCCUGCAUCUCAGCAGUCGUGCGGCUCCGGAGGCAAACAUCCGACGACAAUCCUCCUCGACUCGACUCGACCUCCUCUCGCUCCUCCCACGGCUGCAUACGGCCGAAUUCGGAGAGAAAGGUACGAGCGAGUGUCCGUGCACGCGUCUCUUAUUCAGAGCUGACUCGCCGCUGCUCGCUCUCUUCUGAGCCAGCGCGACACCAACAGCCAGCACUACGGCGCAGCAGCCCUCCGCGUGCGCCACUCGCAGGAGGAAGCACAACAACAGCCUCGUCGAGAGCAACAUCCAAGCCAUGGCCGACGAGACUAUCAACGUCGACCCGGAGCCCGCUAGCGGACCCAGCGAACCCAAGAUCCCCAAGCCCGAGAUACUCGCCGAAUUGAAAAAAGAAGAGGCUAAUCAACUCUACUCUGCAAAACAGUAUAAGCAGGCUUUGUUAGGUUACAAUGAAGUCAUUGAAUUAUGUCCUGAUGUCGCCAGAUAUUACAGCAACCGGUGUGCUUGUUACAUGAUGUUAUCCCAGUACAGAGAUGCUCUCAAAGAUGCGAAAAAAUGCCUUGAACUUGAUCCUGGAUUCGUUAAGGCAUAUACUCGUCUAAUUAAGUGCUCUCUAAUGUUAGGAGACAUAGUUGAAACUGAGACUGCAAUAAGUAAACUAGAGCAAUUAGAACCUACGAAGCAAUCCAUUGCUGCUGAACUGAAUGAUCUUGCCAUUCUAAAGAGGUUUAUUAAAGAAGCUGAAGUAGCUUAUUCCAUCAAAGAUUAUCGCAAGGUGGUUUACUGCAUGGACCGUUGCGCCGAAGUGAGCCCGUUCUGUGCUCGUUUUAAGAUCACGAAAGCCGAAUGCCUAGCAUACUUGGGAAGAUACUCAGAAGCCGAAAUGGGCGCAAACGAUGUUCUGCACACCGACAAACAAAAUGCAGAUGCCAUCUAUGUACGAGGGACCUGUUUAUACUAUCAAGACAACAUUGACCAAGCAUUUAAACAUUUCCAGCAAGUACUGCGUCUCGCUCCCGACCACACAAAAGCCUUGGAUAUAUAUAAGAGAGCAAAAUUGUUGAAACAAAAGAAAGAAGAGGGAAACGUCGCUUUUAAAGCAGAACGCUAUCAAGAAGCGUAUAAUCUUUACACGGAAGCCUUGCUUGUUGAUCCUCAAAAUACAAAAGCAAAUGCAAAAUUACACUUCAACAAAGCAACAGUUGCUGCUAAGUUGAAAAAAUUAAAGGAAUCCGUAAGCGAGUGCAAUGAGGCAUUAAAAUUAGACGAUAAUUAUCUUAAAGCCAUUUUAAGAAGAGCAGCGUGCUAUAUGGAACUUCAAGACUAUGAAGAAGCCGUACGUGAUUACGAAAGAGCUUGCAAAAUGGAUAAAAGCAGAGAUAAUAAGCGGUUACUUCUUGAAGCCAAAAUGGCACUCAAAAAGUCUAAAAGAAAAGACUAUUACAAAAUUCUUGGGAUUGACAAGAAUGCUUCUACAGAGGAUAUUAAAAAGGCAUACAGAAAGAGGGCCAUGGUACAUCACCCUGAUCGUCAUGCGAAUGCUACUGAUGGCGAAAAGAAAGAACAGGAAAAGAAGUUUAAAGAAGUAGGAGAGGCAUACGGCAUUUUAUCGGAUCCCAAAAAGCGUUCGCGAUAUGACAGCGGUCAUGAUUUAGAAGAGUCUGAUUACAACUUUAAUGAUAUGGAUAUGGACAGCAGGUUCCAAGCAUUCUUUGACAGUCCAUUCGCAAGCGAUUGCGGCAGAGGUUUUAGAUUUGAAUUCGUCUGAUCUUCCAAUACAUUUGUAGACCAUGUCAGAAUGUAACUGUAUAUUAGCUUUCCCAUAACCUUCAUACCUUAGAUGAUAAACUUCUAAUGAAAAACUUGUGUUAACAAAAUAAUAUAACGUGAAAAUUUUUUGAUGCUUAUAAUAACUCGAAUUGCUAAAAAACACUGUCGAAAAAAACAAACUGGUUGCUUGCUUCCUCAUAGAUAAAUCACAUACUGAGUUAAUUCGCAAUACCACAUACACGUAAAUAUAGACCGUGGAGGUGUGAUAACAUAACACGAAUGUCCUUUGAAAUUGCAUAAUAUUGUGUUUAGUGAGUAUUAUGAAAUAAUGCUUUCGUAAGACUUAAAGAUUUAAGCUAAACAGAUUUUUUUACGUAUGAUUGAUAUUAAUCUUUAAAAAAAAGUAUUGUAAAUAUGAAUAUUUCUUUUCCUUUUAUAAUGCAUUCUCUAUAAGGAAGCAAAUGUAAAAUAUAUCAUUGUAUUCAUAAAUGUGAAGGAACGCAUAAUACGUUACAAUCACUAAAUGUAUAGACAAUUUAUAUAACCGCUGACACGCAAAGUUUAAAUUAUUAUAUACAGAGUAAGACUUCUCUCUAAAGCAUGUAAGCCGUUAGAUAAAUGCCCUUUUUACUUUAAAAACGAGCGUAUUAAAAACUUGAGUUUUUGGAGUUUGUUAGAUAGUAGCAUUCAUCAGUUUCAUGUUGAACACCUUUGACAUAACGAAAUAAAAUUUAUGGACCUUUUUCUCAAAAAAAAAAAA